UUUAAGGAAAGCCCUUAACCCGGUGCUAUGAAUUGGAGUGGCCAACGUAUGCAGAAUGGCUUCUCGUAGUUUGAGUUUACCAACAGCACAUAUUCCUUCGAGCAGGUUAAUUCAGAAGUUCGAAAAUUCCAAGGUUUUGUUGUGGCCUUCACGUGCUCAUACCAACCCCACGAGAAUUUCUUCCUCAAUUCGGGCAAUGGGUUCCUCUGCUUCUUCCCAGUCACAACAUGCAGACAGCAUUGAAUCUGAAGCAGGAACUGGUACUAUUGACUAUAAAUCUUUAAGCGAUGAAGAGUGGAAGAAGCGUCUAACAAAUGAACAAUUCUAUAUUACUCGUCAAAAGGGAACUGAAAGAGCUUUCACUGGGGAGUACUGGAAUACUAAAACCCAAGGGACAUACCAUUGCAUAUGUUGUGACACACCUUUAUUUGAAUCAUCUACUAAGUUCAAUAGUGGAACAGGGUGGCCAUCCUAUUACCAACCUAUUGGGAACAAUGUGAAGUCAAAGUUGGAUUUGUCAAUUAUUUUCAUGCCCCGUCAGGAAGUUCUUUGUGCUGUUUGUGAUGCUCAUCUUGGACAUGUGUUUGACGAUGGUCCUCCACCCACAGGAAAGCGUUUCUGUAUCAAUAGCGCUGCCCUUAAGCUCAAACCAAGGCAGUAGAUAGUGAAAUAACUGUCACUCAGAAGCAGAUGGUAUAACAUAUUUGAUGGAGACCAUUGAGAAGCUUGAAAAUAAUCUACAUGUCAUAUACUUUGUGCUUUUUUUCUUACAUUGGGAGAAAAUUGUCCUGAACUGGUGAUGCAUAAAAUACAUAAAAUGUCUAGAAUCUAAAAGCACAACUACUGUACUAAACACUGAAAUUUUCAUAUUAAUGAACUUCUUGAAGUGUCAGCAUGUACAAUUACCAAUUUACCGUUGUUU